AUGGCGCCGCCGCGGCAGCAGCCAAAGACCAACGACGACGUGAUCGGAAUCGACCUGGGCACAACCUACUCCUGCGUCGCCUUCUCCCGCAACGGCAAGACCGAAAUCAUCGCCAACGACCAAGGCAACCGCACCACCCCUUCCUCCGUCGCCUUCUCCGCCGAAAAUUCCGAGCGCCUCGUCGGCGACGCCGCCAAGAACCAGGCCGCACUCAACCCCCGCCGCACCAUCUUCGACGCCAAGCGCCUCAUCGGGAAAAAAUUCGACGACGCGGAAGUCCAAUCCGACCUCAAAUACCUCCCCUACCCCGUCGUCAACAGAGACGGAAAACCCUACAUCGAGGUAGAUCUCAAAUCGGAGGUCAAAUCGUUCAGCCCCGAAGAAAUCAGCGCCAUGAUUUUGGGGAAAAUGAAGGAAACCGCCGAAUCCUACCUCGGGAACCCAAUCACCGGCGCCGUCGUCACCGUCCCCGCCUACUUCAACGACGCGCAGAGGCAGGCGACAAAAGACGCCGGCAGAAUCGCCGGUCUGAACAUCCUCAGGAUCAUCAACGAGCCGACCGCCGCCGCGAUUGCUUACGGCCUCAACAACACCAAGCAACAAAUUGGGCGGAAAAGGAAGAAGAAGAACAGCGCGAAGAGCAAGAUUCUCGUGUACGAUUUGGGGGGCGGGACUUUUGACGUCAGCGUGAUGGAAGUGGACGGGAGGGAGUUUCGCGUGUUGGCGACAGGUGGGGACACGCAUUUAGGAGGAGGAGAUUUCGAUCAGAGAGUUUUGGAUUAUUUUAUGAAAUUGAUUAAAAGAAAGCACAAGAAGGAUAUUGGUGGGGACAGCAAGGCGAUGGGGAAGUUAAGGAGGGAGUGCGAGAGGGCGAAGAGGGUGCUGAGCAGCCAGAGCGAGACUAGGAUUGAGAUAGACUCGUUGUUUCGAGGGAUGGAUUUUUCGGAGUCGCUUUCGAGGGCGAAAUUCGAGGAGUUGAAUUUGGAUCUGUUCAACAAGACGUUGGAGGUGGUGAAGGAGACGAUGGAGGAUGCGAAGAUCGAGAAGGGCGAGAUCGAUGAGAUCGUGCUGGUGGGAGGGAGCACGAGGAUCGUGAGGUUGAGGGAGAUGCUGAAGGAGAUGUUUGAUGGGAAGGAGCCGAAUAAAGGUGUGAAUCCUGACGAAGCUGUGGCUUAUGGUGCUGCGGUGUUGGCGGCCAGUCUGAGAGGACAAGCUGCUAGGUUCGAUGUCAGUUUGUUUGACGUGACUCCGUUGAGUUUGGGGGUUAGCAUUGUUGGUGAUUUGAUGUCAACGAUGAUCCCAAGGAACAGUACUAUCCCUGCCAAGGUUACAUCGACUUUGUGGACUGUUGAGGACCAGCAGACCAGUAUUAACUUCGAGGUACUUCAAGGUGAAAGAACUCUAGCCAAGGAUUGCCUUGAGCUUGGAAGUUGCAUUGUAGAAGGCAUUCCACCAGGUCCAAGGGGUGUUGGUAACGUUGAGAUUACCUUCGAGAUUGAUGCGGAUGGAAUUCUAAAGGUGACUAGUAAAAACAGUGCAACAAAGAAAUCUGAAUCUUUGGUCAUCGAUAACUACAAAGGAAAUCUGAAGGAGGGAGAGGUCGAGAGGAUGAUAAGGGAAGCGGAACAGAUGGCCGAGGAAGACAAGAAAACGAAGGAUCGUGUCGAAGCGAGGAACCGAUUGGAGAGGUACAUAAACGAUGUCAAGACUGCGGUGGGCGAUCGUAAUGUCAAUGUCAAGUGGGAUCGACGCGACAAGACCAAAGUAGAGAUUGCACUGAGAGAAGCUUCGAAAUGGUUUGAUGACAAUGGUGGGAAUCCAUCACUGUCUAAGGAAGAUUUCGAGAAGACGAUGAAGAAGCUUAAGGAUGUAUCUUACCAUGUCAUAAGCAAGGAUUAUGUGUGGAUCGAUGAUGAUGAUGAUGACUGAUCGAGAUGGACUAAUAUAGCCUGUUAGGACAAGCAAGAAGGUUUUUUUUUGGAUCAAAGUGCUCGACUGUUGCUUUAUUAGGUUUGGAGCUAUUGACGUUUUACUAGUUUGGAUUUACUGACUCAUGUUCUGUAUUAUGUUCUAGCUAGCAUUAAUUAGGUUUCUUUGUUCUGCAAAUUGAACCAUCCAUGAAAUGA